AUGUUUACAAAACAAAAAGAAAAUGACAACACCAACCUUAAGUACAUACUUCAGUGGACUCCACGGAGUCAUUCGCCAUUUGUUUAUAUGGGCAAAGGUCAAGAGGCGUUCAUCGAGUAUGGUUGUAAAUACACAAAUUGUUUUGUAACGUCGGAUGCGUCUUACCUUGGAGAUAUUACCAAGUUCGAUGUUGUUGCUUUCAACGGACCAGAUGUAAGAUAUAUGAAAAGACCAACGUUACCACAAAAGCGGUCACCUCAUCAGAAAUUCGUAUUUGGUAGCAUAGAGUCAUCACAUUACUAUCCGGUAUGUGAUAGUAUAUUCGAUGGAUAUUUUAAUUGGACCUGGACGUUUAAACUUGAUUCAGAUUCAAAAUGGGGUUAUAUAGUAGUGAGAAAUGAAGAAGGUAAAAUAAUUGGUCCCAAAAAAGAAAUGCACUGGAUGAAAACAGAAGACAUGAAACCCGUUCCCAGUGAGUUAUUGUCGGUACUUAAAAGGAAGUCUAAAGCAGCUGCUUGGUUUGUAUCUAACUGUUACGCUAAAAACAGACGUGAAACAUUUGUGAAAGACCUGCAGGUCGAACUAGUCAAGUAUGAUCUCAAAAUCGAUAUUUAUGGAGUUUGUGGGAAGUUCCAUUGUGACCGAAGUGAUGAAAAAAAGUGUGACAAGCUUGUAGAGGAUAAUUACUUUUUCUAUUUAGCGUUUGAAAAUUCAUUUAGUGAAGAUUAUGUUACUGAGAAGAUUUUACAUGGCUUGCAAUACAGUGCGAUUCCGAUCGUUUAUGGAGGCGCUAAUUAUACAAGAUUUUUACCAGAUGGAAGUUACAUAAACGCGAGAGAGCUAGGUGUCAAAAAACUAGCAGCUAAAAUGAAUAAUCUGAUGCACAACAUGGAAGAAUAUUCGUCAUACUUCAGGUGGAGGAGUCAUUACUCGUUCCAUAAAAGAGCAGAGACAGCUGAAACCAACGAUUAUUGCGGUUUUUGUACUUUGCUUAAUAACGAGGAAAAAGUGAAAGAAACGACUGUGUAUGAACAUUUUAGGUUGUGGUGGAAUCCUGCUAACUUUAGUUGUCCUAUUAGUUAAAAACUGUUGUAAGAGAGGUGAUGAGAUGAGGCGAUGUGUAAUAUUAUAUGGUAAUUUCUAAGUUUGCGAGUGAGGGUAUCAAAACUGCCGUUUCUAAGAUUUUUGAUAUGGUUAGACAGUAGGUACUGUAUAAUAUAUAUGUAUAUUGUAUUAAGCUCUAAUCAUUCGUUCUGGUGUAUAAGAGCGGUUACACACGGCCACUUUUAGCAGCGAUGCAAACGCGAUGCAGUCGCUAAUCGUCUACCUUUAUACACACGCGAAAUUUUAAACAGCGGCAGCGAUGCAAACGUAAUGAAAUCGCGCGACUACCUCGAUAUAAAGGCGCGAUUUCAUCGCUACAUUUGGGAGUUAUAUCAACGCAAUCGCGUGUUUGUAUCGACGCAGUUGCGCGUUUGCAUCGAUGCAAGCUCCUAUGAAAUCGCAAGUGUAGCGAUGCAAUCGCGCGUUUCACGAACAACCGUUUGUAAAUGUCGCCGCAUCCCCCGUGCGGUUUUUAGGUACAGGGACAACAAUUGUCUUUAUCACAUCGUCGGGUAAAUAAGUAUGACUAAUGCACAGGGUGGAGAGCAUGGAAAGUACACGAGGCAGAUUUAAGCAACGAUGCAAACGCGCAAUUGCAAUUGCACUUGUGAUUUACACUGGCAGAAUUGAGACUAUUGUCUCACAAG